AUACAACAAACAGAAGUCCUAGAGUUUAGUUUUGAACAGAAAAAAACUUGUAAGAGAAAAAUGGCGGGAAAGGUGUAUAUGGUCAUGGCAUUGAUAAUGAUGGGAUUUGUUUUACAAGCAUGCAAUGGAAUGAAUGUUGAUGUUGAUGAUGGUGAUGAUAUCAAGCCAACAGAAGAUUCAAGAUUCUUUUGCUUCAGAGUCUGUUCCAUUAGAUGUGGCAAACAAAACAAGCCUUGUUACCAAGAAUGUUUGCCAAAAUGUGGUCUCCCACGACGACUUGCUAAACCAACAACAUCUCCAUCAUCACCGUCCUCCACCGUUUGAUCUUUUUUCUUCUAUUUGUGAUUUGUGUCUUUUAAGUUCUAACUAUAUAUCAAUUGAGCCAACUGCUAAGUUUUCUUUUAUAUGUGUUUAUCAACAUCAUACAUUUGUAAUUGUGGAUAUAAAUACAGGAAGAAUGGUUCAGUUGAUUAAUUUCCAACAUAUUAGUAAGAAUCAUGAACAUAAUAUUAUUUAAGGGAGGAGAUUAACCUCUAUUGGAGGUAGUAACACUAUGCUACAUGGAAUUGGAAGCGGUACGUGGAAGCAGAAUCGUAUGGAAACGCAGAAGCGAGUUUUUUAAAACAAAUUAGGAAGUGGGUAGGUGUUGGAAGCGCAUAUCCAAAUAUAUAUAUAUAUAUAUAAAUGAUUUUAUAAAAUUUAUAACUAAAAGUAUAUUAUAAAGUAUAAGAAUUUUUUUAAUAUAUAUUAUGUAUACAAUGUCAUAAUUUUAAAAUAAUAAUAAGAAACAUUAUCAAAUGGUUUGAAAAUCAGUCGUAAAUUUUCCAUAAAUUUGAUGUAAUAAUAACAAAUGAUUGUGGAAUUAUAUAUGUAAUUAUCACAUUAAC